UGAACGGUGAAAAGGGCCAUAGGGAAUGAAUGGGAAAUUUGCACCAUUAGAAAUGAAGGGGUAUGUUUUGGGCAAAUUUUGGCCGAAUCGUAUGUUUUUAGCAUAAAGCUGUACAAACUUUUUUGUCGCUUAGCAUCCUGAGGCCCCAAGUAGUAUUUUGAAAUCUCACUUUUUUGCCCUCAUAAAAACCCGCCGUCACUUUUGGUGCGUCAAACGAGAGACAGCCUGCAUCGCAUUAGAAUUCUGGUUGAUUUUAUAUCUUGCUCGAGAGGCGGUUAAUGGGCUGGGUCCCAGACUAUUUCUCACAGUGUAUGAAAAAUACAGGGAGAAUAGUCUGGCUGUGCCAGGCAACCUUACCAGAGUCGUAAAAAAAAAAAAAAAACGAAAAAAUCAGAUUUGUGCAUGAAGACCGGCGGUAUGAAUCUAGCUUUAGGUUGGAAAUCAAUAGGAUUGAAUUGAAGUUUUGUGCUAUUGAAAUGAAUGGUGAAAAGGGCCAUAGGAAAUGAAUGGGAAAUUUGCGCUAUUAGAAAUGAAUGGGAAAUUUGCACCAUUAGAAAUGAAGGGGCAAAUUUUGGCUGAACCGUACGUUGUUAGCAAAAAACUGUACAAACUUUUUGUCUAAGAAACUUUGUCACUAAGAAAUGCCAUUGAAAAAAAAAACACACAAAAAAAACGAAUAACGGGAAUACGGAAUAAUGGGUUCACUUAACCAUGUGACGCUUUGUGAGAAGACACCUUGUGCAUGGUCCAUGAGUGAGCGUUGGUGUAACUCGGUGCGUGUGUGGGCAACCUAAGGCGCUGAAGCUUGACACGGCUACAAGUAGCUGACUUGUCAAGCUAAAAUUAAGCCCAGCAUGAUUUGGAAUGUUACACUUGGGCGCCAAGACGUGCAGGAACAGGAAGAACACCGAUGAUGCAGCCUUAACGGUAAAAAUAAUUCUUCCGGAAGUGUUUGUUCAGGACGUUUUAAAUUAUUGUAAGGCGCUCGUUGGAUGCCAUUGACGGUGCUAGAUGUCCAAUCCAGUUUGACUGGGAGGGGCAAACUGAGCUCAGAACGACUGUCAAUCUUCAUCAAGAGACCAUACACACAUUUGUGUGGGUGCCUGCUUGACAAAUGAGGGUGGACGAAUGAUAAAUGAGGGUACCCAGCCUCCUUACUAUUCUUAGCGGCUACGAACAGCGCUUAAGUACCCCACUAACCCCCGGUCAACCCAGAGUGAGUGCAUGUAAGUGGACGCCUCCCCAAGAAGUGAGCCAUGUCGGACCCCAGGGACAUUGAUGAGGACGCUAUCCUCAAGGGUUUGAGUCCUGAAGAACUGGACCAGCUGGACUAUGAACUGCAGGAGAUGGACCCCGAGAAUGCCUUGCUGCCAGCUGGCUUCCGGCAGCGCGACCAGACAAAGAAGAACCCGACGGGACCGUUCGACCGAGACGCUCUGAUGCAGCACCUGGAAAAGGUGGCGAUGGAACAUCCGGACCGGGAGGAGUUGGUGCCCUUCACGGGGGAGAAAAAAGGAAAAGCCUUUGUGGCCAAAAAGGCAGCUGAAAUUCCUGCACACGAGCAGGUGAUCCUGGAACCGGAGCUGGAGGAAGCGCUCAAGAACGCCACCGAUGCAGAAAUGUGCGACAUCGCAGCUAUCCUGGGCAUGUACACGUUGAUGAGCAACAAGCAGUACUACGACGCUUUGGGCACCACCGGGACAAUCGCCAACACCGAGGGCAUCAACAGUGUGGUGAAAGAAGACCCCUUCAAGAUCUUUCCUGAUGAGCCACCCAACCCCACCAAUGUGGAGGAGACCCUGGAGAGGAUCCACAACAAUGACAGCAGUCUGACCCAAGUCAACUUCAACAACAUCAAGGACAUUCCCAUCCCGACACUGAAGGAGAUCUUCGAGGCCAUGAAGGGAAACUCUCACGUGGAGGUUCUGAGCAUCGCCGCCACCCGAAGCAACGACCCAGUGGCCUUUGCGUGUGCAGAAAUGCUGCGGGAGAACACCAACCUGCAGAGUCUUAACAUCGAAUCCAACUUCAUCACUUCCGACGGCAUGAUGGCCGUCAUCAAGGCUAUGGCUAACAACGCUACGCUGGUGGAGCUCAAGAUCGACAACCAGCGACAGAAACUUGGCGACUCGGUGGAGAUGGAGAUCGCCGCCAUGUUAGAGAACAACUCCAGCAUGCUCAAAUUCGGCUACCAUUUCACGCAACAGGGCCCGCGCGCCCGUGCCGCUAUGGCUAUCACGCGAAACAACGACAUGCUUCGGCAACAGAGGCUGAGAUGAAGAGAGCAAGAACUAGUCACUUGUCAAGCAGAGCAUCUAUUUUUUAGGACGUGCGGCAUGAUUCAUCUCAUUUGUUGGGUGAGGAGCGUCUGUAAAUACUUUCAAUAAAAUAUUUAUUCAAAUCUUCUUUGUAAACAUUUGUACCACUUUUUAUUGGAUCUUUGUG